CGGCGGCGACGACCCGCAUUCCAUGGGAUGGGCUCCCAUUCCCGUCCUGCGCCAGGUUUUGGCCGCCUGUGUUUGUCCCGAACUUUUGGACACGGACACGUUUCCCGAGGCCGUUCGGGGCCGGGCCCGCCGGAUCCUGCGGGAGAUGGACAGCGGGAAUAUCGGUGGGUACAACCACGAGCACCGAUCCCGGUGUGUUCCCGAGCGCGUGUCCCGGUUCCUGGAGCGGCGGGACGGGAUCCCCUCGGACCCCAAAAACAUCAUCCUGUGCAGCGGCACCGCCUCCAUCCUGCCGUUCGUGCUGUCCCUGCUGGUCGAUCCCCGCUCGGCGGUGCCCACGGGGGUCCUGGUGCCCGUGCCGGGCCCCCCCCUGGCCGCGCUGGCCGCGGGGCUGGCGGGGGCCGUGCCCAUCCCGUACCCCCUGGAGGAAUCCCGGGAAUGGGCCCCGGACGUGGCCGCGAUCCGCCGGGAGCUGCGGGACGCGCGGGGCCGCUGCACCCCCAAAGUGCUCUGGGUCGUCAACCCUGGGGACCCCACGGGCCAUGUUCUCAGCCGCCAUUCCAUGCUGGCCCUGCUGUCUCUGGCGUUCGAGGAGCCGCUGCUGCUGCUGGUGGAUGAGGUGCACCAGGAACGCUCCUUCUCCCCGGAUCGCCCGUUCGUGUCGUUCCGCCGGGCUCUGGCUGAGGCCGGGCCCCCGCUCUCCUCCUCCGUCCAGCUCGUCUCCUUCUACUCCCUGUCCAAGAGCGCUGCCGGAGAGUGAGCGGGAAUGAAUGCC